AAUAUCAAAGAAGUACCUACACAGUAAACCAAGGCUGCAUGUCUCUGUCAACCUAUUAUUUGGAGUAUCGCCGCCAGGUUGUGUGACUCUGUCGUUGUCGCCGUCGCUGUCGUGCAUACGUGCCCAUGAGCAAUACUGCUAGCUGUGAUAACCAUGAGAAAAUCAACUCAUGGGUUUCCUUUUCUUUCCUAUAUGAGUAUGGGGCUCCGCUUGGCAGGCUGCCGGAGCUCCACUAUUAGGUGCUGGAUUUGAAAUCUGCUGGUCUCCUUGGUUUUGUUCUUGGUAUUCCCAAGUUAAUCUCCCGAGAUCAGCCAUGCCAUGUAAAUAAGCCAGUUGAGGAAAAAAAAAUACACCGUAUCAAAUGCCAUUUAGCUCAAGUGCUAAGAUAGUAGAUAAUUUUUGUUGAUUUGUGACAUAUUGUUGAUUUGUUUUUGCAGAAAGCUUCCAAGGCUAUACAUGAUAAGCUUGAGUUGUCGCAAAGUGAAAUGUCAAGCCUCAGAGAGACCAUUUCUAAACUUGUUUCCAGAAAUAAAAUUUUAGAACAGUCUGCAAAAGAAGAUCUCAUCCAAGAUAAUAGCAGUACAGAACAGCCCACCAGUAAAAACAAGCCAUUCACUGGUCGAAAAACAUGGGACCAAUCCACUCCAGUUAAAGAACAAGGUUACCAGCCUCAAUAUCAGUCUGUGCCUUGUAAGGUGGUGGAGUCUGGGAGAGACACUCUGAGCUCUGAGGUAGCAAGCUGUCAACAGCCUGACAGUACACUAGCUGCACCCAGGAGGUGGUUGUCUUCUGCCGCACCAGGAGCACCAGAUGUGACAAAAGCAUUGACAUCAUCAGGAAGGAGACAGGAUUUGUUAGCCAGUGGUGCUGCCAAGACCUCAACACCAGUCAGUCAAGGGAAAUGGAACCAGGGAAAAACUCUUGAGACCAAGGGCAGCCCAGACCAGGGCCAACUAGGCACUUACAGCACACCAACAGGAAUGGUUGUUAAGAAAACAGAUCUCAUGACCAGGUUUGAUGUCGUGUUCGAAGACAGCAAGUCUGGUGAGGAGAUGAUCCGUACACACACGGGAAGAACACGGCGCCUUUACGGCGAACCUGCACAAACAGAAGCGAGCUUUGUAACGGCAAACGAUGACUCUGCUAGUGGUAUUCGUGACUCAACGUUUAGUGCAGUGCGAGACGGAAAAGAUGGAAGGCUGUUGGCUGUAGAUGACUGGGAGAGUAGUCGAACUGAACCGAAAAAAUCGAAGCCAAAACAAAGUGCAAUGUACAACGUCGCUGAGAAGGACUUCGGUGCUAAAGGUGGUCAGCCGGUCAACAAGAACAGGGAAGAGGAAACUGAUCAACACGGUAUCCUGCUCAUGGAAAGGAAACUUUCAAUACUCAAUGAAGAAAGAAAAUGGCUUGAAUCUACUCUGAGCCGAAUUCCAAGUGGACAAAAAAUGUCGAAACGGUCAAAAGAGGACAAGGCAUAUCUUGAAAACCGGCUCCAAGAGGUGUUAAAGGACAUUGGAGUGGUUAGGAAUCACCUCAGAAAACGUACUCCGCUCUGAGACAUUUACCGUUGCCGGAACGGUUUCUUCAGUUGUGUAAUUUAAAAUACUGUACGCUUCUUUCAGCAUGUAGAUGGAGCGACACUUCGUUAUUUAUUUUAAUUUUUAUUUCUUUAUAUUUUCGGAAGAAUGUUUUGUAUUCAGAACUUUCGAAAGAAGUUAAAUCCUUAUCCAUAUCAAACAGGGUUUAAAUUUGAAGCUACAAUUUCGUACCAGCUUAUGGUUACAGUUGUGUUUAACUAAAAACUAUGCUGAUUUUUGUUUAAUUUUUUUUUUUCUCGCGAAUGAAGUUUUGACGAAAAUUCCUGUCCUAGAAGGUUUCGAUUGUAAGUUUGAACGUGUUGAAGUGUUUUUGGAAUGCAUCAUUCAAGAACAACAGAGGGCCGCCACAAACACAAGUUUACAAUGACGAGUAAAAGUUUCGACGAUUUUGGCCAAACAAAUUAUUAUCGAUUGGUUUUCACAGUAAACUUAUGAUUACUUCAGUUUUGAGAUAAGGAAAAUAAACCGAUAUGAAAUGCUCA